CGGCUCUCAAAACAGUCCGCCGUUGUCUGCCCUCGUUUGAAGUCUCGUGUUGAUGUUUUCUGUUAGCGUGUCUUUACGUAAAUUAACAAAAAUAUCGUUUUAUGUUCCUUUGUGCAAACGUGUCGGUAGUUUGUUGAGUUCACCACACAGCUCUGUAUUCACAGUAAAUUGUAGCUGCAUCGUAAAACGACACAUGUCAAGUGAGCCCAAGAGAAUCCGCAAAGAAAAAAAGAUGAGCGCUAAAAAGAUUGGAACUCACAAUGGCACUUUUCAUUGCGACGAGGUUUUAGCCUGCUUCUUCCUUCGUCAGUUACCGGAAUACGCUGAUGCUGAGAUUGUUCGCAGCAGGGACCCCGCCGUUUUGGCCGAAUGUGACGUUGUUGUCGACGUUGGAGGAGAAUUUGACCCAAAAAGGCAUCGCUAUGACCACCAUCAGAGGGGUUUUACCGAGAGCUUCAAUAGUUUGUGUCCGGAGAAGCCAUGGGUCACCAAGCUCAGCUCGGCCGGCCUCAUCUACUUACACUUUGGCCGUCGGUUGUUGGCGCAGCUGAUGCAGUUGAAGGAGGAUGACCGGCUGGUGGAGUUGCUGUAUAACAAGCUGUAUGAAAACUUUGUGGAAGAGGUGGACGCCAUAGACAAUGGCAUCUCACAGUAUGACGGGAAGGCUCGUUACAAAAUCUCCUCCACACUGAGUUCCCGGGUGGGGUAUUUGAAUCCUCGCUGGAACAGCAAGAGUCAGGAUACAGAGGAGGGUUUCAGAAAGGCAAUGAAACUGGUUGGGGAGGAGUUCAUGGACCGCGUGGAUUUCUACAAGUCCUCCUGGCUUCCAGCUCGUGAGGUGGUGGAGGCAGCAGUCAAGGAGAGACAUCAGGUUGAUCCCAGUGGGGAGGUGGUACUGUUCUCUCAGGGAGGAUGUCCGUGGAAGGAGCAUUUAUUUGACUUGGAGAAUGAGCUCCAGGUGGAGACACAAAUCAAGUUUGUCCUUUACCCGGACCAGAACGGACACUGGCGAGUCCAGUGUGUCCCUGCUGAUCUCCACUCCUUUCAGAACAGGCUGUCCCUUCUGGAAGAAUGGCGCGGUAUACGGGACGAAGCUCUGUCUGAGCUCAGCGGGAUUAAGGACUGCAUCUUUGUUCACGCUGGAGGCUUCAUUGGCGGGAACAAGAACCAGGAAGGAGCCCUGGAGAUGGCCAGAAGGACCCUGCAGGCUGCCGCUCAGUGCCCGGCUAACGGAAGUGGUUGACUGGUUGCACAAGAUGGUUGAGGGCUUUUUUUUUUCUGCUGGCCAGUCUUACACGGAGGAGCAGCAUUCAGACGUUGCUGGUUUUCUCCAUCGAGUUAAUGUUGUUUUACUAUGCUGAGGUGGUAAUGACAGGAAACAGGAAUAAAAUGAAACUGAUUUAUAAAUUCAAUGAGUCCCUUCCUUUCUGAAAUUUUUGCCUCAUAAAAGUGUCUGUUUUUUGUUGUUGUUUGCUAUUGACUACCACCUCAAAUUAGAUUCUUCUUUUACCUGCUUGGUUAAAUGCAACAGUAAACCUUUUUUCCCCCCUGCUCCUCAA